GAGAGACUACAACUCCCAGAUACUUUUGAUGUCCGCGCUUGCGCACUUGCGAUCUCCCUUCGUGCGGCUGCUGGCCAGGGCCCCUGAGGCCCGAUCCGAGCGAGAAGAGGAAGAUGGCGCUCACCAGUUUUUUACCAGCCCCAACUCAGCUGUCUCAGGACCAGCUAGAAUUAGAAGAAAGGGCAAGAUCUCAGAGGUCAAGACAGACUGCACUGGUGUCAUCACGCAGGGAACCUCCCCCGUACGGUUAUCGGAAAGGAUGGAUACCACGAAUGCUAGAAGAUUUUGGAGAUGGAGGUGCUUUCCCAGAAAUCCAUCUGGCCCAGUACCCUUUGGAUAUGGGCCGAAAGAAGAAAAUGUCCAAUGCUUUGGCCGUUCAAGUGGAUGCAGAAGGAAAAAUAAAAUACGACGCUAUCGCUCGACAGGGACAGUCAAAGGACAAGGUAAUUUACAGCAAAUAUACAGAUCUGGUACCUAAAGAGGUUAUGAAUGUGGAUGACCCCGACCUGCAAAGACCUGAUGAGGAAGCAGUGAAAGAGCUAACUGAAAAAACAAGAGCAGCCCUGGAGAAAUCGGUCUCCCAGAAAGUUGCAGCAGCCAUGCCAGUCCGAGCAGCCGACAAACUAGCUCCAGCUCAGUACAUCCGAUACACACCAUCUCAGCAGGGUGUGGCCUUCAACUCUGGAGCAAAACAGAGGGUUAUUCGAAUGGUGGAGAUGCAGAAGGACCCCAUGGAACCUCCAAGAUUCAAGAUUAACAAGAAAAUUCCUCGUGGGCCACCUUCUCCUCCUGCUCCUGUAAUGCACUCCCCCAGCAGAAAGAUGACCGUGAAAGAGCAACAAGAGUGGAAAAUUCCUCCAUGCAUUUCAAACUGGAAAAAUGCAAAGGGUUACACCAUUCCAUUAGACAAGCGUCUGGCUGCAGAUGGCAGAGGACUGCAGACUGUUCAUAUUAAUGAAAACUUUGCCAAGCUGGCUGAGGCUCUCUACAUUGCUGACAGAAAGGCUCGUGAGGCUGUGGAGAUGCGUGCCCAGGUGGAGAGAAAGAUGGCACAGAAAGAAAAGGAAAAGCAUGAGGAAAAGCUCAGAGAAAUGGCCCAGAAAGCCCGAGAGAGGCGAGCUGGGAUCAAAACCCAUGCUGAGAAAGAGGAUGGAGAAGCUAGAGAGAGGGACGAAAUCAGACAUGACCGGCGCAAAGAGAGACAGCAUGACAGGAAUCUUUCCAGAGCAGCCCCUGACAAAAGGUCAAAGCUGCAGAGAAAUGAGAACAGAGAUAUCAGCGAAGUUAUUGCCCUGGGUGUUCCCAACCCUCGUACAUCCAAUGAGGUCCAGUAUGACCAGAGGCUUUUCAACCAGAGCAAGGGUAUGGAUAGUGGCUUUGCUGGAGGAGAGGAUGAAAUUUACAAUGUCUACGACCAGCCUUGGAGAAGUGGUAAAGACAUGGCCCAGAACAUCUACAGACCUAGUAAAAAUGUGGACAAAGACAUGUAUGGUGAUGACUUAGAGGCUCGAAUAAAGACUAACAGGUUUGUUCCUGAUAAGGAAUUUUCUGGCUCAGACCGAAGACAGAGGGGCAGAGAGGGACCCGUUCAGUUUGAGGAAGAUCCCUUUGGUCUGGACAAGUUCUUGGAGGAAGCCAAACAGCACGGUGGUUCUAAGAGGCCCUCGGAUAAUAGCCGCCCUAAAGAACAUGAGCAUGAGGGCAAGAAGAGGAGGAAGGAGUGAAUGGACAGGCCUAAUUGAGUACCAAGAAUGGACUAUAAACUGGGACUCCAUGCUCAUAACAUUUUUAAUCUAUCAGCAGGAGUGUACAGUGGAUGGUCAUAUAUGAAGCAAUUUAGCAGUUCUGUGCAGUGUAAACAGAUGUGCAUAAUGGUUCUUAGUUCUAACCAGGACAACCACCCAUGGAGAACAGGGGAGGGGGAAGAUUGUUUUGGACCAUUUGGGGCAUAUUAUCUUUAUGCAGGGCUUUAGCUAUGCUAUUCCCCUGUGCCCUAUCAGCACUCACAAGAACUUUGUCCCAGCAUCUCAGGGUAAGAUACCCUUGCCUGGAGCUUUAGUUUUUUGUUUUUAAACUAGCAAGGCUUUUACUUAAUAUGAUAGUUCUCCUUGUGUAUAUAGCUAACCCCCUGCUUAUGCUGUAAUAAAUGGAAUUUGGGGGAGCUUGUAGGAUAGAGUUCUUACGAUUCACUGAUCCCCUCUCAGUUCAAAUACAAACAAUACAGCCGCAGCAGAGGGAAACAGCUGGAUUCUGUUUUAAAGUCAAAGACACUCACACUGCCCUCAGUAAUGUUUAUUUUAGACUUUCUUUACAUGUUAGUGAAAUAAAGUCUCCAGCUGCUGCUAA